AUGACUAUCAAACAUAUCGUACUGUUUCAAUUCAAAGCCGAUGCUAGCCCAGAGGCUAUCCAGGAAGUAUGCUCCAAUAUGGUCGGUUUGAAGGAUAAAUGUCUGCAUCCCGAGUCCCAGACGCCGUACAUCAAGUCCAUGUCCGGAGGCAAGGACAAUUCGCCGGAGAAUCUUCAAAAUGGCAUCCAAUAUGCCUUUGUCGCCGAAUUUGAAAGCCCCGACGACAGAGAUUACUAUGUGGCAAAUGACCCGGUGCAUCAGUCUUUUGUGAAAACCGCAGGGCAGAUUAUAGAGAAAGCGAUUGUCGUGGACUACACGAUUGGGGUUUUCUAG